CAUCCAUCAACAUUAUUGACGGAAACCAUUCUCUUUGUUCAAAUCAUCUACCUCAGUACCUAGUUUCCGAAUCGCCGUUCUAAACCCCAUCUACGCAUAGCAACACAAUCCAUACCCGCGGACCUCCCAGGUGACUCGUACUACUUACUUCCUACCUCAUUGCAUCGCUGGAGGUUAUUCAUACCAUCAAGUUUGCGCGACACGGUAUAAUUGAGUCUAGGUAAUCCGCAGCAUCGAUCGUCUUCGACUGCGCCUCUCAACCUUCGACAGCAUGCGACCCGAUGUUUAGGGCGCCUUUAACAUCGAGCGACAUCACAAGUUAGGGCAAGUGUCAACAAGGAAGCAUCAUGGCGAACAGCCCGGAUUCAAGCCACUCCAAUCUGAAGGAGUCGUUAGUUUCGCAUAUGCAAACACGGCAGGAAAAUGGACAGUACCUAUCCGAGUCAUCAUCCGAAUUCACUGCGCGCGAGCCGCCUGUCCCGAUCUUAUCCAAGCUCCUUAGAGGCAAGGGUCCCGAGUGGGAAGCAAUAGGAGCUAAGCCGAGACCAUUGCAGCUACUUGAUCUCCCUGUCGACAUCCUUAGACUCAUCGUGAAGGAGGUUACUCAUACGAAUGACCUUACCUCCUUAGCCUUGACAAACUCCACACUUUACUACCUGACAAUACCACAGAUAUAUGCCCGCUUCGAUAUUGUCUGGCCAGACGACACCGUUCCUCCAUCCGACAGCAAAAAUGUCGACGCGCUGACAUAUGGGUUAGCCACAUUGUGUCUAGGCAGCAAGUUCGCCCAGAGGUCGAGAUGGCUACGAGGAAGCUCUAUAGGGUAUGAGAUACCUUCCAAGAGGCUCGCGGAUAACCAGUACGCAAGAUACACGCGUAAGUUCUCGCUUGGUAAUGGACCUAAGGACUGGACAUCCGAGUACAUGGUUACGAAGGAGAGCGGAAAGAUGCUAGGAACAUUGGUGGCCAUCGCCGUCGGAAAGAUGGUCAACUUGGAAACGUUUGUAUGGGAUAUGCCCACCGGCGUUCUGUCGGAGGUCUUCAUGGCACUCGCAUCCCUCCAAGAUCAUUACGUCAAAGGCGAACCCAAACUCGAGAAGGUCUGGAUCCGUUGGCAUGACAACUCUGAAAUUCCCGAUGCUUCAUCAUCCAUCUCUAGUCCGAUCCACCCCCCACCGCCGCCUCUAGCUGUUCCGCCUCUAGGAAGUACAAUGACACCUGUCGGCAAUACACUACCCAGUGACUUUCAUCCGUCUGUGACCCAGCCGAUCAAGUAUUCGGAGAGCCAGGUCGAGUAUCCGACCUUCAGUGUUCUACCACCUUUGAAGAGCUUAACGGUAUUAGACAUCGAUGAACUUGCCUACUUAGAUGAGAUGUCGGUGCUUAUCGAGCGCUCGAGAUCAUGCCUCCGAGAACUCCGAGUGGGAAUUUCGCAGAAAUCUCGUACGGCCGACUUUGCGCAGGCGUGGGAUAGUUACGCCCUGCAGCAAGUGGACCAUGAUGCUCGCUGGCCUGGCGAAAGUCGAAUUGGUGAUAGGAGACUAGGGGGUGUUAUGGGAGUACUGGUUGGCAGAAUAUAUGACAUCCGACGAAAAUCUGCGAAACUUCCAGAAAAGGAACUAACAGAGCUCCCUCAAGGACAGGGUUCUACGUCGCCGUUCAAUGCAGCCGAGGAAUUCGGUUCUAGUUCCAACGCUGCACAUGCACCGCACGCCAUGAUGGAGGCAACCGGUACAUCAUACCAGAAGACUCAGUGGCAGUAUGAUGGCCGUAAUGGAUCGCGCAUGGAGAGAAAACGUCUUGAUGGAAAGCUCCAAUUAGAGACGUUAGAGCUCGAGCGAGUACCAUUGUCGCUACAGGUUUGCACGAAAGCCAUUGACUGGAGCGUUUUGACAAGUCUCACCAUCAUAGACUGUAUGUUUGUUGAGCACCUCUGGAGAACUUUGAAAAGGCAAUUCCACCCUACCACUCCAGGCCAUGGCGCAGCUGCCGGCGCGCCAAGUCAGUACCACCUUGCAUUGAAACACAUACAUACAGAUAGUACUUCGAGUACUCUCAUUAGUUUCAUUAAAGAAACACUCGCGCCAAAUAGUCUGGAGGUCCUUUUCUUGCAAGAUCGCCGUCGCACGCCGCUUCCUGCUGUGAAACUCGACCAGAUUUUCAAGGGGGCGAUAAAACGGCACAAAUCAAGUUUGAAGAAGCUCCUUCUUGAUUGUUCGAACGAAUCAUCAGAAGGUCGCCGUUGGUCAAACUGGGUGCUUAGUAGUGAAAUAGUCUCGUACAUCACAAGUGGGAAAAUGCCGAACUUAAAGGAACUUUCCGCGGCGUUUGAUUACAAGGACUGGCACCCAUUCCUUCAGCGACUGCCGAACAUCCCGCAGCUUCGCUCUCUACAUAUCCCGUACAUGCUGGAGCACAUUUCUAGUUUCGAGCCCAAAGAGCUUGCACUCCAGCUCGUUGACAUCAUCACUUUGCGAGCAGAAAUUCAACUUUGUUACGUAGGUAUAGGGUCUAAAUGCUUCGAGAUAUUAGAGACUCGACCGAGUGAUGUUAGCGGUGGCGGUUCAGGUAGCGGAGAUCAGGGACAGGGUGCCAUCGUGAUCGAGGAAGACGAUGACAACGAAGAUGAUGGCAGUGAGGCUGACGAAGAAACGGAAGAAGAUGACGACGAUGAUGUGAACGACGAUGAAAACAGUAAUGGGAGUCAAGCGGACGCUGGGGAUGACUUGACAGACGUAUCCGAUGACGCUGAGUCUGAGGCAGACUCGGUGCAAGAGGGCGAUUUGGGUGGGUCAGCCGCACGGUUUCGUUUACGUGAGAUACUGUUUUACGACGACAAGGUGGCUAUAUUCAAGGCGAGACACGCCAGGCUAUGAGCUAUGACUCGGGGGCUUUAGGGCAUAGGAGUUUUCGUUAUGUUGUAUUUUAUGAUUGAGGAGCCUCAAUAGGAACACGGCUCUUUGUCGGGACACGAAGCGGGUUUAUUUUUAAAAGCGUUCUAGAAGCAGUAAAAGGUGGGAUUUGAUAAUGUCGGACUCCUAUUUGCCUCUCACCGACAGGAAUUUUAAGAUUGUGCCCGAUCAGUUGGGUUUUUGCA